AUGUCAGAUCAUGCAAAAACGAUAACUGUUCUGUAUUUCGCAGCAGCCUCUACUGCAACGGGAAUAACAUCAGAGGAAGUCCCGAUACCUGAAAGUGGUCUAAAGCUUUUAGGAUUGACCGAACUAUUGGUAUCGCGGCACCCAAAUGUAGGCCUCAAGGAAAUCAUAGAUGCAAGCCAGUGGAGCGUUGAUCUCGAGAUGGUGGACGACCCUGAGACCAUUUUGCUGAAGGGAGGCGAGGAAGUUGCUGUGAUAUGCCCAGUGUCAGGGGGCUGA